GAUGCCCUUUAUUUCGCUCUCAUGGCUCUAAAUUUCAGAACAAUCAAGAUUAUGGUUACUGAGACGGGAUGGCCUUCCAAAGGGUCGGCCAAAGAGACGGCUGCGACUCCGGAUAAUGCCCAAACAUACAACACAAAUCUGAUUCGACAUGUCAUCAACGACACAGGUACCCCUGCAAAACCUGGAGAGGCGCUAGACGUGUAUAUCUUUUCGCUGUUCAAUGAGAAUAGGAAACCAGGAUUGGAAUCCGAGAGGAAUUGGGGGUUGUUUUAUCCAGACCAAACGAGUGUCUAUAGCCUUGAUUUCUCCGGAAGAGGUGCCGUGGAUAUGACUACACAAGCGAAUGUCACAGGUUCGAAUGGAACGUGGUGUAUUGCUUCGUCUACGGCUUCAGAAGUUGACUUGCAGAGUGCUUUGGAUUGGGCUUGUGGGCCCGGGAAUGUGGACUGUUCUGCUAUUCAGCCUAGUCAGCCUUGUUUUGAGCCGGAUAAUCUAGUUUCGCAUGCAUCAUAUGCAUUCAACAGUUAUUACCAGCAAAAUGGAGCUACUGAUAUUGCUUGCGGUUUUGGAGGAGCUGGGGUUAAAACAAAUAAGAAUCCAAGCUAUGACAACUGCUUGUAUAUGAUCGCCGGGAGCAACAAAACUGCUGCAAGUAACGUGACAGAGGUUCCUUCUACUUCUUCGUCCAUUCAAACAGUACUCUCUUUGUGGAUCUCUAGUUGCCUCCUGCUUUUGACCUUGCUCCCAUUUUUCUGAACCUCAACAUUGCGUGACAAAGGCUGAUGUUUGGACUAAAGCGUUUUCAUGCAAGCAAGAGGUGGUACGUACGAGAAAUUUUUUGCAAGAGUUACAUAUGCCAAUGGAGGUACCUAGUUUUGUGUGAUAUCUAUUGGUAGGUGCGUAUUAGGUAGAUGGGUUGCAAGACUAGUCCCUUAAUGGGAUUUUAGAUGCCCUAUAAUUUGUUGAUUCUUGUAUGCAUAUAUAGGAUAGCUAGAACAAAACUUCUGUUGUGGAUUGGCAGCUUAAGAUGUGAGUUGUCUACUAGUACUUGUAAGCUAUAUAUUUGAGGUCCAAGUUGCUAACGUUUUGUUUUAUGAGAUACAUUUUUGUUCCAAGUUUUGAUCAAAUCCCAGUAUUUAAAUUC